CAUAGGCCCAGCGGGGCUGGGCCAGGGCUAUAUCCCUUGUCACAGGUACCAAGCCCGGCCCGAGCUGGCCCAUGAUCACUCUUGACUACUGGGUCAUCGGCAGACCCAGACCCUAUAUGUAUCAAUCGGAUUUAUCGAGUGUGACCCGACAGAAUCUGAGUAAAAUUGAUACAACUUCAGCCUGUUAAUACGACAACAAAUUUGCUAAUUCUCUUGCCUUUCUUCUCAAAGUAUCUAUGUGAUCCAGACCAUGCGGUUUGACCGGUUCUGGUCUGUCAGUCCACCAGCUUGACUGAUAUACUUGGGCCCAAUUAAUAGAAUUUGUGUCCAUUUGGCCCUUUUCACUAUUGGGUUGGGUUUUGGCCUUUUGGGUCAUGAAACUAGACCCGUAAAAAUUGUUGAGACCCAAAAUUGUUUUCUCUCUCUUGGACGGCAGUGAUUGUGUCACACGUACACGUGUACGAUAGAAAAUAAUUGAAGGGGCAAAUCUAUAAUACCGGAAAGACAUGGUACCGGCCCCGUGAAUUGAAGAGGCGUCGUUUGAGCUCUCAGGUCCGCCUCGCCGUGGUCGCCUGGUCGGUGGUCCGUGAGACGUGAAGCCAUCUCUUUACUCGUUGCCAAAAUAUAGACGUUAGAAUCAUAACGGCUACAUUUCAUUUUAAAAUUCAAACCGAUAUUUUCUUCACUAUUCUUCCGAAUUCUUCCAACCCUCCUGUCGUUUCAGCUUUCUUCGCUUAGAGCCUCCAAAUCAGCUCCUUUUCUAACGUUGUCCAGCAACCCAGGAUCAGAUUCGGGGACAUCCUUCGGAAUCCUAAGUCAUCUUACAAUCUUUUCUUUUCUUCUGUAAAUUAGAAGAAGAUUUCCGAAAAUCUCUUCUGGGUUUUCUUCAAUGGCUCCUACUCCUUCAUCAAAAUCUUCUCAAAGCCAAACAACCCCAUUAAAAACACCGCAGUCGAAACAUCGUCCCCAUUUCAAUCUUGUAAGAAAUGCUCACCCGUCUCCGAAUCCAACCACUGCGGCUAAGGAAAACCCACCAGCAGAGCAUCCUGUCGAGGUUAUUGGCCGUAUACGUGAUUACCCAGAUCGAAAAGACAAACCUGUUUCAGUGUUACAUAUCUCUUCCGACCGCCGGAGUGUUCGAGUACGCACGGAUAUUGGCUACAGGGACUUCAGUCUUGAUGGAGUUUCAGUCUCAGAAGAAGAGGAUCUUGACGGGUUCUACAAGAAAUUUGUGGAGUCAAGGAUCAAUGGCGUCAAAUUGGGGAAUAAGUGCACCAUUAUGAUGUAUGGUCCCACUGGGUCGGGUAAGAGCCAUACGAUGUUUGGGAGUUCCAAGCAGCCGGGUAUAGUGUACAGAGCCCUGAGAGAUAUUCUAGGAGAAGGGGAAGAAGAAAACAUCUCGGAGAAUCGUUUGGGUAUCGGAUCCUUCGUGCAAGUCACAGUCUUGGAAAUAUACAACGAGGAAAUUUAUGAUCUGCUGUCAAACAAUAAUGGCGGGGGACUAAGCUUUGGACUGCCCAAAGGGAUUGCUUCAAAGGUGAGGCUUGAAGUGAUGGGGAAGAAGGCAAAGAAUGCAACUUUUAUCUCUGGAAAUGAAGCUGGGAAAAUUACUAAAGAAGUUGCCAAAGUGGAGAAACGAAGGAUUGUUAAAAGCACGAAUUGCAAUGAUAGAAGUUCAAGAAGCCACUGCAUGAUAAUUCUGGAUGUCCCUUCAGUGGGAGGGAGAUUGAUGCUUGUUGACAUGGCUGGUUCUGAAAACAUUGACCAAGCUGGCCAAGUUGGAUUUGAGGCAAAAAUGCAGACAGCAAAAAUCAACCAAGGAAAUAUUGCACUGAAGAGGGUUGUGGAGUCCAUUGCAAAUGGGGAUUCUCAUGUCCCUUUCAGAGACAGUAAACUGACCAUGCUUCUUCAGGAUUCUUUUGAGGAUGACAAGUCAAAAAUCUUGAUGAUACUGUGUGCUAGUCCCGACCCCAAGGAGAUUCACAAAACAAUCUCAACACUUGAGUAUGGGGCAAAGGCUAAGUGCAUUGUCCGUGGUUCUAGCACACCAACAAAGGAUAAAGUUGGUGAGGAUUCCUCAUCUGCAGUAGUGUUGGGAUCACGAAUAGCAGCAAUGGAUCAGUUCAUAUUGAAGCUACAGAUGGAAAACAAGCAAAGAGAGAAAGAGAGAAAUGAAGCUCACAAAGAGCUCCUGAGAAAAGAAGAAGAAAUUGCAGCUCUGAAGGCUAAGCUCAAGGUGAUGGAAGGCAGGGAAUUGGGGGCUAGUGAAGAAGAAAUCAACUUGAAGGUCAAUGAGAGGACCCGGCAUUUGAAACUUGAAUUGGAAAGAAAGUUGCAGGAAUGCCAAAAGAUGGCCAAUGAGAUUGUUGAGUUGGGGAAGAGGCGAAUGGAAGAGAAGAUAUUGCAACAGCAGGAGGAGGUUGAGAUGCUGAGGCAGCGGUUGGAGGAAAUUGAAAGUGAACUGUGCCAGCCAAGGGACAUUGAUGAAGACAGAAUACAAGACAUGGAUGGAAGUAAUUUUGCCAAAAGGAUACUGGAAAUGUGUGCUGAUGGGGACCGAGGAAUGGAGAAAUCAAUGGACUUGGAUAUGGGUGACAAGCAACCAGUUAUUGUUCAUGAGGUGAAAGAGAUGGAUUUUGGUCUUCAUCCAACUGAAAAUUUUGGACAUCACAAUCUCUUGAAUCCCCAUUCUUUUAUUAGAACGGCGGAAGAGGAUGAUGGUGAUGAUGUUGUGUUUGCUGCACCAAAAUUCCCUGAGAAAGUAUAUCUGAGUACAGUUUUUGAGGAGGAUGAGGAGGAAGGAGACGACAGAGAGAAUGAUGUGGAUGAUGAAGAGGUGGAAAAGGAAGUAGUGGAAGAAACAGCAGUACAUACUAGCCAGUAUGAUGCUGCCAUUUCUCAGAAUAUUGUACCUGCAUCUAGUUUCUAUAGCAGAGAUUUGGAAAAGAUGACAAGUGAACUUGAAAAUGCAAAAGAUGCAGCUUCUACUAGAAGAACAAGAAUCCAAAACAUUUUCUUGCUUUGUGGGAACCACAGGGAGCUUUCUCAGCAUGUCAGAACCCCAACACCUGCCAAGAAAACAUCUGAACAUGGUGAUAUUCAAUCAUCUCCAGUGAUGACAGCUGAUAAGUCUGUUGCUAAGUCACUUUCAAAGGAAAUUUCACAGCUUGAAACUGUUCAUGUACCAGAGUAUGGAAUAGGUAAUGAAGUUCUGUCUGUUGUGCUGUCAAAAGAUGUCACAGAGUUCCCAAAUUCAGCUCUUACAAUGGAGUCAUUUGCAUCACUUAAAGUUGCUAAUGAUCCUGUACAGUCCCUACUAAGUAGAAACCUCUCUGAGGAAAAGAAUGGACCAGUAGAUGAGAGCAUUAAUGAUCUGAUUGAAGUAUAUGUGAAAUGGGAAGCCUCAAAAGAGAAUGCUGGAAGGUUUAUUACAAAGUUGAAGGUGGUAAAGGAUUCAAGCCUUGCUGAUCUGCGGAAGCGGAUUGAGACCCAUCUUGGGAAUGACAAUGACAAACAAGGAUUCACCUUUCUCAUGCUUGGGGAUCCUACUGGAGCUCCAGUUGUGAAGGAGAAGGAAGCAACAAUUCAAUCAAGCAAACUUCCCAUUUGCAACAACCCAUUAAGUGGCCAUCUCGCUUGUUUGCGUCCUGUCAAGGCAAUCCAACAGCUCAAUCAUAUCCCAUUUAGCUCACUGGAGAAUAAACUUCCAAUCGCUUCAAACCCUCCAUCAGCUUUCAAACACCAAGUUGAAGGAUUCUCACCCAGACUAGGUGAAAACUUCAGCCCUGCUCCAUAUGUCACCACGGCGCUUCAUUAGUACCUUCUUGUAAAAGUGCUGCAGCACAUCAAAAGCCAACUCAACUGUUGAGUUCAAGUCAUGGCAAGUACAGAGUUUUUAUUAGGCAAGAGUACAAAAGUUUUUUGUGCUCAUUCUUUUGUGGUUAGAUAUGAAACGUACACACUAAAGUGUUGGAUUUGUGCCAUAUGAAAUCUUUACUGUCUUGUUGGUCCUUUUGUACACCAGUAACAAUGAAGUUUUCACUUUUCAGUACUCUAGUUAGAUAUGCAAUCAGUACAAUUUUGUAGGUGUUUUGUAACUCUCAUGUCAUAGAGCCAGAGAGAGAGAGAGAGAGACCAUAUUUCCAUAUUUGGUUUGCUGGUUGGGUUGCUUGGUGAAGAAAGUCCAAAAUGCCAAUGUGGGGUGAGGUACAGGAAUGACAUGGACUGAGAACUGAAGAAAUGGAGAGCCUAUUAAUUAUCUAUCUAAAAAGCUCCUCGAAAGAAUCUCUCUCUUUA